GUACUAAGCACGCAUGCGCGGGGCCGCCCCGGGGCUGGGACUCUGCACUUCCUGCUACCUAAUACCCAGCGCUAAAUUCUUACAUUAUCGCCAAUAGUCUCGGGCCUGCUUCAUCCUGACCCCAGCCUCCGGCCACCGGCCAAGAGGAGCCACGAUGUGCGACUAAGCUCUCCGCUUCCAGCUGUCACCUCAGCGGUAUCUCCGAACGGGUGUGUUCUCCGGAUCCCUCCCUCCUUCACCGGGCUCAGCCACCAUGUCCAACGCCGGGUACAACUCCCAAAAUGGGGGAUCAGGGCCGCCGCACUACCAGAACGGUCCUCUUCAGAACUCCACAAUGUAUUCACCACAGCAACCAUUGGGACAGGGCUAUGUGUCAGCACUGCCAGGCUCAUACCCACAACAAAUGCCAGCUAAAGCUCCUCCACAAGCAGGCCCUGGACUGUAUAGCUAUGGUGGCUCUCAGACUGUUCCACAACCAGGAAUUCAUCAGGGAUCUGGCCAGGCUUUCAAUAGACCACCUAUUGGAACAUCACCAGCCCCACCCGCUGCAAAUACAGCAUCUUCACCAAGGAUGCCUCUUCCCUCUCAGAAUUCGGUUGGGCCACCAGCAUCAGUAGGCAGCAGUUAUCCUCAUGGAAGCCAGCCAGCCCAGUCAGGCUGGCAGUAUUUCCCAUCACCCUUAAGUCAUGGACAGGCUCCUCCUAUGACCAAUCAUGUGUCGUCCAUGGCAGGAGUCGCACCUGGCCCACCACCAACACUUGGAAGUUCCCAGCCACCCACUACUCAGCAGUAUGGAGCAUCAUAUGGAGUUCCACCUCAUCAAAACAGUUUUAUGAGUUCAGGUCCUCCGUUGCCACCGAUGAGCCAGUCUCAACCAGCACGUCAACCUUUGCCUCCACCCACGUCAACAUCUUCAUUACUCAGACCCACAGCACCCCCAUCUGGUCAACCAGUCAACACUGCACCUGUGCCACCUUUAGUCAGUGCUCCUCCUCAGCAACUUGGUGUCUCUCCGCUCCCCACCAGUGACAGCACUUCUGUUCAGAACAGCUACGACACAAUAGAAGGCGGUGGGUUCAUGGGGAUGGUUCAACCUGUUCAGCCUACUCCACCACAGAAUCCUAAAAUAACAAGGAACGCCUACCCAUCAUUACCACCUGGUUACCAGAAUGUUUUUCCAGCAAGCGGCCCAGGCUUAACACCUACCAACCAGCAGUAUCCUAAUAGACCACAGCCUCUUUCACAGCCCAGCUUUGGUGUGAACAGUUUGGCUUCAUCGGUAGGAGGUCUGAGUAUCCAUCAAGCCCAGCAGUUGGAUGGACUUCGAGCUGUGAAUCUUCUCCAAGAGAGGAACAUACUGCCACCAACUUCCUUCAAGGCUCCUGCACCUUGUCUGCAGGAAGAUAUCCAGAAGCUGAAUUGUAGCCCAGAGCUGUUCCGCUGUACUUUAACCAACAUCCCUCAAACACAGGCUUUGCUGAAUAAAGCCAAACUUCCCCUUGGGCUCCUGCUACAUCCAUUCAAAGAUUUGUCGCAACUACCCGUUGUAACAUCUAGUACCAUCGUAAGAUGUCGCUCUUGUCGGACAUACAUCAAUCCCUUUGUCAGUUUUCUGGACCAAAGGCGAUGGAAAUGCAACUUGUGCUACAGAGUAAAUGAUGUCCCUGAAGAAUUCAUGUAUAACCCUGUAACACGAGUGUAUGGUGAGCCACACAAAAGACCAGAAGUACAGAAUGCCACUAUUGAAUUUAUGGCCCCAUCUGAAUACAUGCUGCGCCCCCCUCAGCCUCCUGUAUAUCUUUUUAUGUUUGAUGUGUCCCAUAACGCCAUAGAAACGGGUUAUCUCAACACUGUUUGUCAGACCGUACUUGACAAUCUGGAAUGGCUUCCUGGCAACACAAGGACGAAGAUAGGUUUUAUCACGUUUGACAGCACAAUCCACUUCUACAGUUUACAAGAAGGAUUGUCACAGCCCCAAAUGUUGGUGGUGUCAGAUAUCGAUGAUGUGUUUAUCCCAAUGCCUGAGAACCUGUUGGUUAAUUUAAAUGAAUGCAAAGAGUUGGUUCAGGACUUACUAAAGAACCUUCCACAAAUGUUCACAAAGUCAGCAGAGACUCAAAGUGCUCUUGGACCAGCACUACAGGCUGCAUACAAGCUGAUAUCGCCGACUGGAGGACGAAUAUCUGUGUUCCAGACACAACUGCCAACAGUGGGCGCCGGAGCCUUGAAACCCCGAGAGGAACCUACCCAAAAAUCCUCUGCAAAGGAUGUUCAUAAUUUGACACCAGCAACUGACUUCUACAAGAAGCUUGCUUUAGAUUGUUCAGGACAGCAAGUAGCAGUUGAUCUGUUUCUCUUAAGUGGCAGAUACUCGGAUUUGGCUUCCUUGGGUUGCAUUUCCAGAUAUUCAGCCGGUAGCGUUUACUAUUAUCGUGCUUACCAUCACCAGCAUAAUCCAGUGCAAGUGGAGAAGCUGCAGAAAGAAUUUAAGAGAUACCUUACCCGGAAGAUUGGGUUUGAGGCUGUUAUGAGGAUAAGGUGUACCAAAGGCCUUUCUAUCCAUACGUUUCAUGGAAACUUCUUUGUUCGCUCUACGGAUCUCUUGUCACUUCCCAAUGUAAACCCUGAUGCUGGUUAUGCAGUACAGAUGUCUGUGGAGGAGAAUCUGACCGAUACACCUAUGGUCUCUUUUCAGUCUGCUCUUUUAUACACUUCCAGCAAAGGAGAGCGAAGGAUUCGUGUGCACACAAUGUGCCUUCCUGUUGUUCCAGCGUUAUCCGAUAUAUAUGCUGGGGCUGAUGUGCAGGCUGUGGUUGCACUGUUGGCAAAUAUGGCUGUUGAUCGAUCCAUUUCAUCAAGUCUGAGUGAUGCUCGGGAUGCUCUAGUUAAUGCUGCAAUUGAUUCCCUGUCUGCUUACCGUACUUCAGUGCUAACUGUACAACAGCCAGGUCUUCUAGCGCCACACUCGUUGCGUCUCUUCCCUCUGUUUGUACUGGCUCUUCUGAAGCAGAAAGCUUUCCAAACGGGGACAAAUGCAAGUUUGGAUGAGAGAAUAUACUCCAUGUGUCAGAUUAAGAAUCAGCCAUUGGCAUACCUGAUGCUUAUGAUACACCCUAACCUGUACAGAGUGGACAAUCUAUCAGAUGAGGGGGCACUUAACAUCAACGACAGAACAAUACCGCAGCCUCCUAUUCUUCAGUUGUCUGUAGAAAAGCUGAGCAGAGAUGGAGCCUACCUAAUGGAUGCCGGCACGAUGAUGCUGCUGUGGCUGGGCCGCAACUGUGGACAGAACUUCUUGACUCAAGCUCUUGGAGUUGCUAACUACUCAGCAUUAUCUCAAGACAUGACUCAGCUUCCUGAACUGGAUACAGCUGAAUCUAUUAAACUGAUAGCUUUUAUCACUUGGCUUCGAGAGCAAAGGCCUUUCUUCCCAACAUUACAUAUAAUCCGGGAUGAGAGUCCUCUAAAGACUACUUUCCUUCAAAACUUGAUUGAAGACAGGACAGAGUCUGCCUUAUCUUACUAUGAGUUUCUUCUCCAUCUCCAGCAACAAGUGAACAAGUAACAAAACAAAAACAAGCUUUGCACAAAGCAAGUGUGCAUGAGAACCAUCUAUCCCAACAGUAUCACGUACAGUGGUUUGGAGCUACAUCUGUAUCGCUACGGCUUAGGCCUCAUGAAAUAUGAUGUGCAUACACUGUGAUUUCAGCAAAAAUAAUCAAGAGACCGUAUAUAUGGGUACAGAUCUGUGCAAGCACACAAGCUAUUUUCUACAGUGUAUAAGGAAAACUACAAGAAUUCAGACAUGCCUUUGUACCUGCUGAAAAUCUGUUCACUGCUUUCAGCUAGGUGGUUGCAGCCCUUAUGCAGAAGCCCAUAUUGGCACCUUACGGUUUCUGCAAUAUUCAAGAGAUGAAAAGACAUUUAAGAAAAUAAAGUCCGAUAUUACUUACUACAGAGAACAGAUUUUAAUUUCUUUUUUUCUUUUUCUUUUUUUUUUUGCUUUUAUUUUGCUGCUAGAUUUCAAAAUGUAACUGGCUGAAAUACAAGUUGCUGCUAUGACAGAAACGGCUUUGUACUCACAUGUAUAUGUGUAAAUGUUUUCAUAAAUUGGCAGAACUUUACCUGUGUAUUUGUAGCAGGCCAUAAAUGUGGUUUCCGUCUGCAUUCAUUAUUCCUGUGCUUUGUGCCAUUAUAUUGGCUUAAAAACAUACAGGGAUAGAAAUGUAGUUAUGUAGCAAGCCUUCAUAUAAAGUAUAUUUUCUGAAAUAUCUUAAAGGAGAACGCAAACCAUUAUGCAGAAAAUCUGUCAUUGAGAGGCAGUUCUUGUGUUUCUUUUUUCUUUUUUUUUUAACCAACCCUUUACUGAGCAUGGUUUCUGCUUUCUGAAGUGACAAGGUUGUGUCAGACCUCAGCCGACUCUUGCUAGUAACUAAAAUCCCUGCAGAUGGUUCUAAGAGGGUCCUACAUGUGUGAAAUGAGUAAGGGAGGAGAAGAUUAAGGCUCUAUGGAAAUGCCAUCAGAAGACCCUAAGAAUUGAUUUCUACUUUGAGGUUUGGUAAAAUAACACAUGCUGUGAAUAUAAAAUGAAGUUAUUUGACAGAGAAGCCAUUUGUAUUUUAGCAAUAGCUUGCAUCUAAGUUUUGCAAAGUAGGAAAAGAUCAGAAGAAUUGAUUAAAAAAAGGCCUAACUUAGUGCUACAAUUAAUGAUAUAUAUGCAAGAGCAUGUCCAUUGCUACAAUUUUGUUCCUCCUCUAGGACCAAAGUAAUUUGCGUGCAUUCAGUGCAAAACCUUAAAAAAACUGUGAGUGUGGGGUUUUGAAGAACUUGUGAAGCAAGCAUAGAUUUGCCUUUUAAAAAUGAGAAAAGGUGAUCCAGCACAGUCGGGUUAAAGUGGUUAACCCACAAGAAAUAUUCAUCACCUGUCCACCGAGUAGAUGAUAAGUGUGUGAUCUCAGGGGUCCCACGGUCUGUUCCCAUAUACUUUCCAUUUAAAUGUUUCCAGAUUCGGGAAAACGUGAGACUUCAGUUCUAGUGAUUUGUAGUUGUUUCCAGUGGUCAGACCCCUAGCAAUCAUACAUUCAUCAUCUGUCCUGUGACUAUCCUUUGUCUUGGGAUAUCCCCUUUAACACUUUGUGCUUUAACAUUCAGCAAUACAGUGAAAUAUUAAACCACACACAGUAGUAUUUUGAACGAAUAGUACUCACAGCUAAAAGUUUUUUCUUUUUUUUUUCUUUCUGCAACUGCACAACAAAUUGUGAAGUUGUAGAAUUAUGUUUUUCUAUGAUCAUAGUUAUUUAGCAUUCUAUCAAUGUGCACAUGUUAAGGAAUACAAAGCCAUUUUGUUGCCCUUACCAAUGCCCAUGUUAUACAUUGGGAGUAUGGUACUAAAUAUUGGGAAAAAGACUAAAUGAAAUGCUUAUUCUGACUUGACAUUGGGAAAUUGACACAGAAUUGCUACCACUUUGGCAUUCGACUCCUAACUGCAGAUUGUCACUACAGAGUAGACUACUUUGUUUAGUAAGGAGUCUUUCUGCCGUCCUUGUCAUUUUUUUUUUUUUUUUUUAAUGAUUUGCCACAACUUUCUAUAUUAUUGAUUAAUUUAUUGUAAUGUGGAAAGUUAGAACAAAGAUGUGUGAUAGAUUUUGAUUUUCCUCAUUUUAAUAAAAUGCACCUUUUAUUCUGCAUUUCAUGUUAAUAAAGUUUUUAAAAGAUCAAGUAACUUUUUCAUAGUUGUAUGCAUAUUGAGCCAGCAUUUCAAGAGACGGUGUUGAAAGCAUAGCAAGUUAGAACACUAAUACAAAGCAAAACGCAUCUUUUAUACCUGGUAAGUGAGCAUGUAAAUGAUUAGCCUUUAACCCCUUCACGCAUAAUCAUGUAUGGAGCAUGCUCCCGUGCUGAAACAGCACCAUACCCCAUAAUACCACUGCAAGCGGUCGUCUGGACUGCUGCUGGGAUUGAAGUAGUACCUUACAGCUUCAAUUGUGAUCUUACUAACAGAAGGAUAUCAGGACUGAACAUAGCGGUUCAGCUGUGGUCUAUGCUUUUAAGGGUAAUUGGAAUCAUAGGAGCGUUUCUUUCUCAUAUCCUUCAAAUAGAAUGUGAAGAAACUGUCUGCCAGAAUCAUUCGACGGAAGAUCAGAAUGCGCACUAGGAUAAAUUUAUACUGUAUGUGGUAAAAAUGAAAUGUAUGUACACCCAUGUUUCAGAUUUACGAAGCACAAUCUGUAUGUCGACAGAUAUAAAUCCUAUAGUGUCUGAAAAAAGAUUUUUGUUUCCAGAAACAGUGCCAUUCUGGUCUAUAAACAUGGGGCACUGCUCAAGGUGCAACACUGGCUCUGGUUUUGGAAAAUAUGCUUUUUUUAUUCUUGUGUUGUACAAUAAAUUUAAGAACUUCUGGAAUAAU